AUCGACUGUAGUUCGGCUGGCCAUCGCAGAUGUCGCACACACGUGUAGUCAAUUUUAGCGAAGCUACCUAUAUUAUCGGCAGAAAUUAACAGUGGAUGACGCAAUUUAAAAAGUAAAUAUUGCCAUUGUGCAAAUCGCCAUUUUGUGCUUCGUUUGUUUGGUGUUCGCCUUAGGCUUUGUUUUAUGUGAUAUUAAUACUGUUUUGUGUUUUUUUUUUGUGUGUGUAUUUUAUUUUUGAACUUUUUUAUUGAGGGAAUAUAAAUUAUAGUGUUAGGAUUUUCAACUAGUUUUAGUAUUUAGGAUAAUUAUAGUUAGGAUUAUCAUUAGGACAGCUAAGAGGAAAUCAUGACGAACCGUAAUUGUUGUGUUGUCCCUGGGUGCGAGAACAGGCAGAGGCCUAUGUUCCGCUUCCCAAAUCCUAAAAAAGGAUUAGACAGGUGCCGGAAGUGGAAGGUUGCUGUGAACAACCCUAGCUUGGUGGACCACUCAUAUUACCAUCUUUCCAGAAAAUGCUAUGUGUGUCACAAGCAUUUUAGUGCACAUGAUUUUUAUGAGGGCACCACCAAACUUAAACCAAAUGCGGUACCAUCUGUUGACUUGUCAACAAAUGGGGAAGGUGGUAAGCGAACAUCACCUUUGGACACAGAGCCUACCACUCCCUCAAAGGUGUCGGUCAUCCCAGACUUUCUUACUCCGGAAAAAGAGGCAUCGUGUUUAUUGGAGCAGGCUGGGGUGUCUCCUAGGAAAAGAGUAACUCCAUCAAAAGGAGACAUUCCAGUAAAACGUGCCAAAAUUUCCAUGGAAAGUUUGGAGAUGGCAUCGGGAUCUAAAGUGGUAGGGCCUGGGGUGGUAGGGCCUGGGGUGGGGGGUGUUGGGCUAGGCUUUCUGGUUGAAGGUGUUGGUCUUUUACCGGAAACAGGUAUUCUAUUACUUCCUAUUCUAUUCUGUUUUAUUUUCUUCUAGUAAAUGGGAAUAUUUAUCUAAAAAGUAGAAUAAAAUGUAGUGCAUCAAAAUCACUGCAUGUCUGCUAAUGGAAAUAGAUGUUGGUCUGCAGUUUAGUUAAUGUAGUCAAUCAAAGGUAUUAUAGGUUUUUUUAAAUAAACAAUUGUCAGUGUCAAAAUCGGGUAUAAAUGUAAUUUAUAUUGCUUAAAAAAGGAAAAUUAAGAAAUUUGAUAUACAACACAUUACAUAGUUGGGGUGAGCAAUACACCUAGUUCAUAACAUUUCUUCAAUUAAAGCCAUACAACGAACAUUUCAAGUCAUUUCGAAUAUUUAGUGUAGUAAUUAAUCAUUCUUUUCUUAAUACCGUUACCUAACGAUUAACGCAUUUAACAAUUUUUUUUCUACUUGAAUAAUCUUGCAGAAUUUAAUUAACAAUUUGAACAUUUUUGGCAGUGUGUGGUCUAAUUAGUUGCAUGUUAGUUGCAUAGCAAAACUCUCAAUGCAUUGGUGUGUCCUUUUUCAAAUUGAACAUAGGGAAGAAUGGGCAUAUUUAGCACUUUAAUUUAUGUAGUUAUGUAUUUUCAGUUUGUUCAGGUUUCUACUUCAGUGGUUUGUUUCAUCGUAAGUGAUUUUAAAAUCUCGUCAACAGUGAAGUCUAAAAUUUCUGCCACUUCUGGAUUUGUUUUUUCAGGAAACUUAGUGCAUGCUAAGUAGUAAUUGUGUAUACUUAUUAUUACUUGUUUAGCAGAAACAAUUAUUACUACUGCGUUUUGGUCCAGCGUUUCGACAAUGUAAGUAA